GCAAGUCAAACCUCUCUAGUGACAUCUGGAAGAAGGGGAGACUCGGAGACCAAGGUGACUGAAAGCAUGGUGAGAGAGCUGGCUGCUAAACUUGAAAAAGUUGACCAAGAGAGCAAGAGUCUAACAGGGCAAGUCAUGACCACCAUCUCUGACACAAAGGUGGCUUUUGUUGACGAGAACGAACACAGUUUGCUGGAAGUUCUGAAGGACAAGAUCACGUUUUUGGCAUCGCAUGUCGGCUUCAUUGACGAUCUUGAUGCCCUGAUAAGGAAAUACGAGAGCAGCUACAAUAUUAGUGAAUCUGGUUCCUCCUGCACGCUCACAUCAAAGAGCAUCCAAAAACUCUCCAGCCGGCUGUUCCUAACAUCAGCAAUGCAAGCAGUGAGUGGAGUUCUUGCCAAAAAAGUCAGUAGUUUAAGCUUUCCUAGUUCAGUCGUUCAGUCUGAGUUAACAGGUGCUGUAUCAGGUCAAACAUUGUCUGGCAUUGUAAAGACAGAGUCAAUUCACCCAGUGGGCUCAGCAGCGUCAGUAGUUGUUAAGACUUUCGUGUCAGAUAUGAAGUCCUUGGCUGAAUCUGAAGAGAGUCUGCAACAGAAGAGUGCCUGGUCUGCUGCUGCUCAUAUCUACCACAGCAUACAAAACAACUUGAAAGAUUAUUUCGGCAAGCUUCAGCGAUGUGCCUUAAAGAGCAUUGUCACAUCUGAGGACAACAUCACAAAUGCUGAGUUUAAGGAGACAGUUCCACUUCCUUGCUUAGACAUGAAAUAUAGGCCCAGUAAGAGUGAGCCUCAGUUGCCAGAGUCCACUGGUGAAGUUACUUUACAAAGAGGCCUAAGUGAGAGCUCAAAACUUCUUUGGGCACAAACUGACUCAGAAGAAAGCAAGCUCCUUCUGACAACUUGCACCAAAGAAGUCAUCUCAGAGCUUCUGGUCUUGUACAACACUGAGAUGUCAAAGGAGGGCCCCCUGUACACUGUUGGAGAAAAAGGAUCAGACUUCUCUAUUGAGAGAGAGAAAUUUGUAGAAGGUGUUCUGGCUCAGCUUGGGGAUAUCUCCCAUUCCAGGGCCUCAUCACCAAAAGUAUUUGAGUUCCCCUCUCAAAUUGAGGACAGCAGAAGUAAUGCCACAGCUUCUUUGACCAGUCUGUUAAAUUGCAUGAAAAAACUCUCAAGUGAGGAAUUCAAGAGAAACGCCACUCAAGCAGUGAGUGAGUUCCUAGUUAAAAAGUCCACCAGUAGCUUAACUAGUGCAAAGCCUGCUUAUUCUGUAGCAUCCAGGUUUGGUUCCAUUCAAAACCAGUACACAUGGUCAAAGGAUAUUUGUGCAGAUUCUGCUGCCUUUGGCAUCAUUGACACAUUUGUGGAAGACCUGCAGAGCUUGGCGCAACCUGCAGAAGUAGAGGAGAGAGAACCAGACCUCCAGGAAAAAGCACAAAAACUACAGAACAGGAUCUGGUCAGCUACCACUAGUUUAUAUAACAAUAUUAAGAAGACAUUAAAGGACUUCACCAUUCACCAGCGGAGGUCAGACAUGCUGAGCAGAAUGUCCAGUCAUAUACCCACAGAGGACUCUGAACAUCUUGGGACUAAGGAGCACAUUUGUUUGGCAAGCCAGGACUUGAGGCAAGCUAGUAAGAGUGUGCCUCACUUGCCCAGUUUGAACCUUGAAGUGGCUCUACACAGGGGUGUCAGCGAGAGUUCAAAACUUCUCUGGACUGAAACAGACGAGGCUCUACUGACCAAUAGUACCAAAGAGGUCAUUUCAACAAUCUUGACCUCAUGCGAGGAUCAGACAUCAAAUGCACCUUGCUUCUCCACAGUAGGAAAGAAAAUAUCUGAUAUGUCCCUUGAGGUCAACGUGUUGGUAGGUGGUGUUCUGUCUCAGCUGAAUAACAUCUCCUGGUCAAGGUCCCCAACACCAUGUGAAGACAUGUUUGAAUGUCUCCAAGAUUCUCCUGAGCGAACCUCUCCAGUAAGUCUAGAUUGCUGCACGGCUGCCUCCAAAGGCAUUGCAUCUUCCCAUAGUCUUUCAACAAAGAGCCUCCAGAAACUCUCUAGUCAUGAGUUCCAAACCAAAGCUGAGAAAGGAGUGAGUGAGGUCCUCUCUAGAUCAUUUAACAUUGUGGAGGAAGGUACAACAGAUCAGUCUGUAUCUACAUCCACCACAUCUACUGAUAUUAUACAAACCAUGGUGAAAGACCAGCAGGAGCUCACCCAGACCACCCAUUCAUCUGACAUGGUAUCUGGAACCUCCCUGCUCACCACUGGACAGGUUUCUGAGAAAAGGAUCUGGUCUGUUGCUCGUAACAUCUACCACAGUCUGCAAAGUAAGAUUAAGGAGAUUAUCAGAAAAGAUCUUCAAAGAUCAGACACAACUCUUGAUUCAAUCAAAAUGUUUACAUAUCAAAGCAGUUCUGCAUCACUGAGAGCUAAUCUCGGCCAUCUUGAGGUCAACCAGAGCAGUGUUACAUCUGGUGGAAAAGAUGCCUGUGUGGACAUUCCGCAUAAAUUACUACCUAAAACCACUGAGCUCUCAGGAUCCAUGCUGGAGGAUAAUGGCAUGAUCCGUUGUAGGAGUGCUGCCAGCCAAAAGACAAGAAAGUCCUCUUCUUCACGCUCCUCCAUCUCUCCAACACCUACUUCAAAAUUAAGGCAGUCGCAAUGGCACUUUGCUUUACCCGGGACUCCCAUACCCACUGAGUUUCCUGCUCAGAUUGACUUUCCCAUUGUAAGAAACACAAUCAUUGAGGACUUCAUUCACACAGAGGACUUACUUCCUCUAACCUUUGUUGACAAAGUUAGGCAAGCUGCUGGGGUGGUAGUGAACAUUAUGGUGGAAAGUGUUGAGAACACACAGGAAAAUGGACAGGGUGCUUCUCAUCUUGACGACCUCCGUUCUGCUGUUAGGAAAUUGAGAAAAAUAAUUUCCACUUGGACCAUCCACAUUUUCAGUCAUGAAUUGGUGGAUAAAGUCAUAGCCAUUCAGGACAGCCACAGCACUCCACGUGUCUUAACAUUGGAAGCAGCCAAAAGUGUUUCAGACUCCAUUCUUUCAAGGCUGAAAUGGGGAAAGGAACAAUGUGCCAUAUCCAAGAAGCUCUCCUCCCAUCUUCUCCAGAUAUUUGCUGAAGAGACAGUGAAGGGCUUCCUAAAACAGUGGUCAGAUGAGUAUGAAAAUAUAAACUUUGAUGUUUCAGUCCAGAACGAUCCAAAGACUUCUACUUGUAUGGUCAUUCUUCAAAUGAUCACCAAAGCCACUGCUAAAGGUUAUUUUGAGUCCACUACCAGCGUGGCCACCAGUGACAUUGUAGAAGGCGUGUUUGAUUUGGCAAGGGAUACCAUCAGCAGUACUGGAGAGCAGGUCCUCACCUUUAACACAAAGGGUUCCAAGAAAGUUAGUAAGAACCUCUGUCCUCAAGAGUCUCUGGAGUACCAGCCUCAGAACACUUCCCCUACUGUGUACUUUACAGAGUCGAUGACAAAUUCUCAUGGCUUCUUUGCUCCAGAGGGAAAUUAUGAUAUUGCAUCGUCCUUCCCUCGUCCUUCCCAAGAGAAGAGUCGCAAACCCUCCCUUUUCACCAGAUUGUGUAGAGCCAUCACGAAAGGCUUUUCCAGCCCAUUCAAAUCUUCAAGGAAAAGCAAAUUAUUUCAUUAAAUUCCUCAUUAAAACAACAAGAGCAUUCAUUUGUUCAAAUCAAAAUCGAAUCGUAUUGGUCACAUACGCCGAAAACAACAGGUGUAGACUUUACUGUGAGAUGCUUUAUUACGAGCCCAUUCCCAACAAUGAAGAGUUAAAAAGUAAGAAGAUAUUUUCUAAAUAGUAACACAAUAACAAGGCUAUAUACAAGGAGUACCAGUACCGAGUCAAUGUGCAUGGGUGCGAGGUAGUUGAGGUAAUACAGUAUGUACAUGUAGGUAAGGGUAAAAGUGACUAGGCAAUCAGGAUAGAUAAUAAACACAGUAGCAGCAGCUAGUGUGAAAGUCGGUCAGUGUCACAGUGAAUGUGUGGGUAGAGUGUAGUGAGUGUGCAUGCUGCUGGGUUGUUGCCCUCCUAUGGCCUCCUCCACGUCUCCUGAUGUACUGGCCUGUCUCCUGGUAGCGCCUCCAUGCUCUGGACACUACAGACACAGCCAACCUUUUUUCCACAGCUCGCAUUGAUGUGCCAUCCUGGAUGAACUGCACUACCUGAGCCACUUGUGUGGGUUGUAGACUCUGUCUCAUGCUACCACUAGAGUGAGAGCACCGCCAGCAUUCAAAAGUGACCAAAACAUCAGCCAGGAAGCAUAGGAACUGAGAAGUGGUCUGUGGUCACCACCUGCAGAAUCGCUCCUUUUUUGGGGGUGUCUUGCUAAAUGCCUAUAAUUUCCACCUUUUGUCUAUUCCAUUUGCACAACAGCAUGUGAAAUUUAUUGUCAAUCAGUGUUGCUUCCUAAGUGGACAGUUUGAUUUCACAGAAGUGUGAUUGACUUGGAGUUACAUUGUGUUGUUUAAGUGUUCCCUUUAUUUUUUUGAGCAGUGUAUAUCACCAUACAACCACACUAUAUAUCACCAUACUAUAUAUAUAUAUAUAUCACCAUACUAUAUAUAUAUAUAUCACCAUACUAUAUACCACCACACUAUAUAUCACCACACUAUAUAUCACCACACUAUAUAUCAACAUACUAUAUAUAUAUCACAGUCCAGAAUGAAAAGGUGCCGGAUCCUGUUCUGGUAUGAUCCGGCUCAAAUUAAGCACUGAUUUGAAG